CUUCAAGAACAUUCAGCGGGUUCUCGAAGUGUAAUAACCAAAACAACUCAGCCGUUUCAACCACCGCAUACACCGCCGUCCAUGGCGACUCCGCCACCAUUCAUGAACUCAAACAACCUCAAUCCCUUAACUCAAGGCUCCUCUCGCCUCCCGGAGGACACUGUGAUCUACUCCAUAUACCCAGACAAUCCCCUUUCCCAAGACUCCCUUCAAUCGCUCCACCUCCAAAUCCUCAACGCCGUUUCCCCUUUCACUACCUCUUACAUUUGGCAGCACGAGCCUUUCACCCUCUCCAUUGCCUUCCACCCUUUCCCUCACCUCAAAGGUCACCUCCGUUUCGGUGACAAUUUAAACGACGAAUGGUUCACUGUUUUCCUCCUCUUUCGAAUCUCCGUCGCUUUCCCCUCUGUUUCCAUCCAAGUUCACGAUUCUGAUGGCGAUUUUCUUUUGAUUGAAGCGGCUUACCAUCUCCCUCGUUGGCUAAACCCCGAGAACUCUCAAAAUCGCUCGUUUAUCCGACGCGGGAAGCUCCAUAUCAUCCCCCAAAGCGCCCUUCCUAACCCGACUCUAACCGAAUCCCUAAAUUUCUUAAUAGAAAAUGAACAAGCAGCGGUGGCGCCGGAUUCCAUGCAAUCCGUCAUCCAGAAUAGAAUCGCUGGUUAUCCGGAGAAGGCGAAACUGAAUACCCAUUCCGUGAGAGUUCGGGUCCCGGUUUCGGUAGCACGAGUGUUUAAACACGCUCCGUCUUUGAUUUCGUUAGCGGUGGAAGGGUUCUACGACCGGGACAUGGAUUCGAUGAAACACGCGGCGAAGAUGGAACGGUUUUUGAAGGGAGGGAAAGGAGGAGAAGAGGAGAUGGUUACAGUGGCAGUUAAGAUGUCGAGGGCAAUGUACGCGCAGCUGAUGCAGCAGAGGUUUCAGGCGCCGAAGUGUUAUCCUAUGCCGCCGAAGAAGGGUGACUUGGAGGCGGAGCUGGGGAUGAAGAUAGCUUGUGGGUUUGAGAUGAUGUAUCAAGAAAAGAAGAAAGAAGGGGAAGAAGGGAAAGGGAGUGGCUGGAAAAAGUACAAAGAGAGUUUGGAGAAGAGCGGGUAUUUCAAGGGCUUGAUUCCUGGGUCUAAUGAGUAUAAAAGGUUAAUGGAGAAUGCUGAAGAGUAUUACAAGAACAGUUCUUUGUUUUCCAAGACCCGUGAAAUGUUGAAUGCUCCUGUGAGACAAAUAGAUGAGAUUCUUUCAUUACCAUAUUCAGCUGAUGAAUUUAAGAACGAGGAUGCUCCACCUUCAGAUGACGAUUCUUGGCUUUACAGUGGAGAAGAUGAGUUGAACUCUGCUCUACAGGAUAGACAAAAGGAGAUGGAACUUUACGAGCUUAAACGUAAAAAGAAGAAGUCGAAAGAGCAAAAGGAUACUGGUGCGUCAUCCAGCUUGAAAGGCGAAGAUUUUGAUCUUAGUGAGCUUGUGAAAACCAUGCAAGGCUUUAUCCAUAAGAUGUCAAGCUAUGAGGGAGCUGAGGUUCCUAAUGACAGGGAUCCUAAAGAGGUGGAACUUGAUGUGGAGCGCUUUAUGAAGGAUGUGGAGUCGGUGAUGAAAUACCAAGGUGAUGAAAAUGUGACUCGUGAUAUGGAUGAUGACGGAGGUUCUUCGGACAUGGAUUUUGCUGCAGAUGAGUCUGAGGAUGGAAGUGACAUGUCCGAUCAUGAGGAUGGAGAGGAUUCGUUCAUGCAUUCUUAUUCCGAUGUUAUGAACAAUGAACUGAAGAGUACUACCCUCAAGAAGAGCUUCGUUAAUGCAAACGAGCAGACCUCCGUUAAAAACGAGGGAACAUCGAAUGCAACAGAAGAUAUGGAUGAAGAGUUUAGUCCAGUGGAUGUGGAUGUCAACCUUGUUAAAAACCUUCUUGACUCCUUUUCUUGUCAACAAGGACUUCCUGGUCCAACUUCCAAUUUGCUUGGGCUGAUGGGUGUUAAUCUUCCUAAGGAUGACAAUAAGGGCAAAUGAGUUUGUACCAGGGAAAUAAUAGGAAUUCACUGUAAUUUACGUGUAGCUGCUGCAUUCUUCUUGUAACUUAAGGUAGCAAAUUGCUUUGAGAAUCAAUCUAAUACCAUCUAGAAUCAAUAGAAAACUACAAGUUGUAUUUC